AUGACGAUUGAGGAAAAAACCGCAUUUCUGCGCGUUGCAGCUGCAGCUGAUCCGGCAUCUGUUACACGGGCCGAGAAGAAUCAUAUAUUUGGGCAGCCUCCGCCUGACGAAGAAGAUCGCUUGUGUCAAGAGAAAAUCGGCAUGACGAUGGAAGAGCUCAGACGCAAGGUUAUGAGCGACCCAGACACUUUGACGGAAUUAGAGUGCGACAUUAUCCGCUUCGGCGCCACCUACGAGUGGAAUCGCCCAAGGGUCGGUAGGCCUCCAUUGUGGAAGGCUUUUCUCCCAGACGAAGAGGGCCGUCUUGCCAGUCAAGUGUUUGCCCUGCUGGCGAAUGACCGUGACGAUGAGAUAUCUCGCCGUGCAGACGUCCGUGCCAAAGCUUUCGAAAAUGUUAAAACAGAGCGCCGUUUAAAAUUAGUUGAAGAAAGAAAGGCAGAGUCGGCAGCAAAAUGGCAGCAAGAGUUUAGUGAAGCUAUCAAAACAUCAAGUCUCUUCAAUCCUCCUCCCACCAGGUUGUCGGCUGAGGAAAAGGCACUCUAUUUGCGCAUUAUAGCAGAUCCAGCGUCUGUUACGCGGGCGGAUAAGAACAAAGUGUAUGAGAAACCCCCACCUGAUGAAGAGGAUCGUUUGUGCAAAGACAAAACUGGCAUGACGAUGGAACAGCUUAGACACAAGGCACUGUCCAACCCCGACGCUCUAACGGAAGACGAGUGUGACAUUCUUGCCUACGGAGUUACCAAGCGGAAUAAAUCUAGUAGCAAGCCCAGUUUUUGGAAGUUCCACCUUGUUGAAGACGACAUACAACUUGCCAAUCAAGUUGAUGAAAUCUUAUACACCCAAGACGAUAUCGAGAUUCAGCGCCGUGCGACUCACCACCUUUCCCACACUUUCAAGGAAGUGAUGGCAGAGCGACGCGGAAACCAAAGACAGCAACAAAUCGCUGAGCGAGCGGCAAAGAUGAGGGCUGCCCAACCUCGAUGGCUUAACCACAUGUCCGAUGCAAAGCUGAGUCGAUGGGGCUUUGUUAUUUUCCGGACCGCGUACAGCGAGGGAACUGAAGAGAAAUGGAAAGAGUUCCAGUGGGUUUAUCUUGUUAAUAAGAAUGCACAGCUUAGUAAAGGCUGGAGAAGGGCAACCAGUUUCCGCUCUCUUCAUGAACCGCUUCUUGUCAGCGACUCAUCACUUGAGGGAGCAGGUGUCGAUGUUUUGCGGCAGCGGUUCAAGGCCAUACGAGAGCAGAACGAGAUUCCCGCUGGCGUAGCGACAGAUUGCUUCCUAAUUGCGGAUCAGGCGAUUCUUGACAAGGCACUUCUCUCGGUAGAGGUCAAGUAUCAACCGAAAGCUCAGGGCGAACCAGAUCCAUGGCAGUCUACAUUUUUUAUCAGAGCUGUUAAUCCAGACUAUGACGCUUCGGUACCAAUCCCAUCUGAAGGAGAUUUAGCCGGCUACGAAGGGGAGAUUACAAUCCCACUCCCAAAAGUCUUUGACUGGCUGUACUACUGUUUCCUUGCCAAAAGCGAGGAUUGGGAGACCAGAUACAAGUUGGUGAAAGGAGGCCCUGCAGAAAUGAUGGGUGAAAUGUCGCCAUAUCCAGCAUAUCGUCCAGGAACAGAGCCUGCUAACCUUUCAGAGAUACUGCCACCAGAGCCAGUUACCUAG